AUGCUCUUCGUCCGCUCUUUAUGUCUUUUUGCAAUCGUGGCUGUGCGGGUUUCUUCUGCCGCACAGUCCUGGCAUGCUGCUAAUGGCGACGAAGUUGUGACCAUCACACACACCAACACGCACUACGUGUGCCCCUGCGAGACGAGCACACCGGUGAAGAACCUCAAUCCGGUUCCUACGGGCGGCUGGGCGGAUUGGGCGGCAUCGGCAUCGUCGAGCCCCCUCGUCCGUGGGACAACCUCGUCGCGCCGGACUUCGACUGCAGGUCCUUGGCCCGGAUCGGUGUCCUCGAGAACUACAAAGACGACGACCGUCUCGAGCUCUGGUCCAGGCUAUACACAGACCAGCAGCAGCACAAGUUCGCACACGGUCGGCGAGACCAUCUCUUUCACGUCCUCCUCCUCUACCACGUCUACUGCUUCCAGCACAAGCUCGGGCACGGUUGGUGGGACCCUCUCUUUUACAUCCUCGUCCACCACGUCUGCUUCUUCCAGCACUAGCGCGAGCGCGAGCACGAGUUCUACAGAGUCAACCACUUCUUUGUCCAGUAUGGAAUCUCCUGCCACGACUUCUGCUACCACCACGAGCUUGUCUACAACCACAAUCUCUAGCACCACUGCCGAUGCUACCUCGACAACCACUGCCACAACCACGUCUGAUACCACUACAACCACUAUUCCUACCACAACCUCUGACGCAACUUCGACCACCACUCCUACCAUAACUUCAACUACCACCUCUGAAACAACCCCGACCACCUCUACUACCACCACCACCACCACCACAACCACAUCCGUCAACGCCUGCCCGACGGGCACCUACGUGAUCCAAUCGAGUUCAAACAACAACUACGCCUGGAUAGGAGAAUACGUCGGGGGGCAGUACCUCGUUGUCUUUAACCAACCGGCCAUCGAGACCGCGGCCGAGUUCUCCUGGGUCGAGGAUGUCGACGGCACGUGCAUGCUCGGCCCGACUGCGGUUCCCGGGCUGAGCACCUACGUGCUUGAUCAGCCCGGCGAGUUUGUGGACUUCCACUACCUGUUCUUGUCGAACCCAGCCCUCGCGGCGGCUUCAGACCUGGAGCCCUCCAAAGUCGCCUGUAGCGUAGAUUCGGCAAACGAGCUGUACUGCGCGGUCGAGGACCAGGAUGUGUUGCAGCUGUUCAACAACGUCUGGACCAUCGCAGCCACCGACCAGGGAUAUGGGACGGCCACGUUCACGUUGGUGCAGACUUUGUAA